AGGGCCCGUGGGCGGAGUCAGGCCGGUGGCUGAGUCGGGUUCUGCCGGUGGCGCCGCCGAGAGCUGGGCCCGCGGCGUCCGGCGCACCCCACGCGCCCCCGGCCUCGCCUGCACCCAGCUCGGGUGCCCUCGCCCCGGCCUCCGCUCGGGCCACAGGCCGGGCACGGCCGCUGCAGGAGCCGGUGGGCGCGCAGGGGCGAGGCGGCCGGGCGGACGCCAUGUCCAUGGAGGACCCCUUCUUUGUGGUGAAAGGGGAGGUCCAGAAAGCAGUCAACACUGCCCAGGGCUUGUUUCAGAGAUGGACGGAGCUCCUGCAGGACCCCUCCAUAGCCACGAGGGAAGAGAUCGACUGGACCACCAACGAGCUGAGGAACAACCUGCGCAGCAUCGAGUGGGAUCUGGAGGACCUGGACGAGACAAUCAGCAUAGUUGAAGCAAAUCCUAGAAAAUUCAACCUUGAUGCUACUGAACUGAGUGUAAGAAAAGCCUUCAUCACAAGCACUCGGCAAGUUGUCAGGGACAUGAAGGAUCAGAUGUCGGCUUCUUCUGUGCAGGCGUUGGCUGAAAGAAGGAACAGACAGGCACUGCUGGGAGACAGUGGUGGCCAGAGCUGGAGCAGCAGAGCCCCAGAUAAAUACGGGCGCCUGGACCGAGAGCUGCAGGUGGCCAACUCCCAUUUCAUCGAGGAGCAGCAGGCACAGCAGCAGCUGAUUGUGGAGCAGCAGGAUGAGCAGUUGGAGCUGGUCUCCGGCAGCAUCGGGGUGCUGAAGAGCAUGUCCCAGCGCAUCGGAGGGGAGCUGGAGGAGCAGGCAGUAAUGUUGGACGGUUUCUCCCACGAGCUGGAGAGCACUCAGUCUCGGCUGGACAACGUGAUGAAGAAACUCGCCAAGGUGUCUCACAUGACCAGCGGUAGGUAUGGCGUCUACACAGAGAACUGGCAUUGGUCCUGGACCUUGGUCUGUGGGGCUGUCUCCCAGGUGUGCCCCAGCGCCUCCUGCCGCCCAGGGCUGGGGCUGUCUCCCAGGUGUGCCCCAGCCCUUCCUGCCGCCCAGUGCUGGGGAGGUCUCCCAGGUGUGCCCCAGCGCCUCCUGCCGCCCAGGGCUGGGGCUGUCUCCCAGGUGUGCCCCAGCCCCUCUUGCCACCUAGUGCUGGGGGUGUUCCAGGGCCCACAUGCACAGGCCUGGUAUUGAGCUUGUCACUGUCGCUUGGGAAAUGGUCUUUGGGCUCCUACAUGCUUCCUCCAAGACAGCAGUAUCUUUGCAACUAGAAAAUGCUUUUUUAUAUUUCCUUCCCAAAAUAGGGAACUUACUUAAGGUAAUAAUUAAUUAAGAAGCCAGAACUGUCUCUUAUUGAUAGAGAAAUGCCUACAAUUUCAGAUGGUCUUGUGGAUCUAAUUUAAACAGUUGCGUUUAAUUUGUUGUAGAAUAGUCCAGGGAAUUUGUAUCAUGAUGGGGAUGAAGAAGUAAUCAUUUUCAAGUUAGUUAUUACAUAUCUAGAUAUACUACAAAUCUUUUUGUUUUUGACAGGCAGAGUUAGAGACAGAGAGAAAGGUCUUCCUUUUUUCCAUUGGUUCACCCCCCAAAUGGCUGCUACAGCUGGCGCGCUGCACUGAUCCGAAGCCAGGAGCCAGGUGCUUCCUCCUGGUCUCCCAUGGGGUGCAGGGCCCAAGCACUUGGGCCAUCCUCCACUGUCUUCCCGGGCCACAGCAGAGAGCUGGCCUGGAAGAGGAGCAAUCAGGACAGAAUCCGGCGCCCCAACUGGGACUAGAAACCGGGUGCCGUGCCGCAGGCGGAGGAUUAGACAAGUGAGCCACAGCACUGGCCACAAAUCUUUAUUUAUCUGAGAGAAGAACAUUCCUGUUUAUUCCCUCUCCAAGUGCCAACAAUGGCCAGGUGGGGCCAGGCCAACGCUGGGAGCCAGGAGCUCCACUCAGGUCUCUGUGUGGGUGGCAGGGACCCAAGCACUGGAACCACCACCUCUGCCUCCCGGGGUGCCCGUGAGCAGUCAGGAGCUGGGUCUGGGAAUUGAGCCCAGGGACUUGGAUGUGAGACAGAGGUGCUCUAACCCCUGACCAGACUCCAACCCCCAACCAGACCCCAGCCCCAGCCAGACCCCAACCCCCAGCCAGACCCCAACAUCAACUCCUGACCAGACCCCAAUCCCCAACCAGACCCCAACCCCAGGCCAGACCCCAACCCCAGGCCUGCCCCCAGCCCCCAGCCAGACCCCAACCCCAGGCCAGACCCCAACAUCAACCCCUGACCAGACACCAAUCCCCAACCAGACCCAAACCCCAGGCCAGACACCAACACCAACCCCUGACCAAACCCUAACCCCAGGCCAGACCCCAACCCUAGGCCAGACCUCAACUCCUGGCCAGACCCCAACCCCUGACCACCCAACCCCAGACCAGACACCAAUCCCCAACCAGACCCCAUCCCCGGCCCAGACAUUCCUCCCUUUAUUUUUUUUAUUACAAUUCAUCUCCCCUAGUACAUACGAAAUAAUAUGUCUUAAAUCAAAGAAUAUUCAGCAUCUCUUGUUCAGUUGCUGGGUUUGGACUAAGGAGGAACCAGGUGUUCUUAGACCAGGAACCGUUCCCCCAUUAGAAGGUCCCAUGUCUUGGUUCCUCAUUCUUCCAUGGUUCCUGCUGUCAAGUGCAUGUUACAGGGUCACGUAGAUGAGCCUUUGCACGAGGCUAGAUUAGAUACACGUGUGCGGGGUGGGGGUCCCUGCAUGUUGGAGUGUCUGGUUCCAGUGCUGACCCGGCUUCCUGCUGGUGCACCCCACCCUCACGGGAGACAGACAGAGUUCCUGACUCCUGUCUGUGGACUGGAGCUGCUGCAGGCAUCUGGGGAAUGAACCAGCAGAUGGGAGCUCCAUCUCUCUCUCUCUCUCUCUCUCUCUCUCUCUCUCUCUCUGUCACUCCGUUUCAAAUACAUAAGUCUUUGAAAAAUAAGUACAUGUGCAUCUUUACUCUUCAGCAGUUUAACUCAAGUUACAAAACAACUUUCUGGGACUUGAUUGCUUAUCUGUAAAAAUAGAUUGAUUCCUGAGAAUUAAAUGAAAUAACAAUAACAUAAGAGUUUGACAGAAUCUGCCAUUUAUUAGUUUGUAAGAACAACUGGCCCUGGCGACAAAGGCUCUGUAGCCAAACCAGGGGCUGCUCCCUACAUUGCCUGAAGCCAUGUGUGUGGGCAGGCAGGUGCCUGCUGGCUUCACCGUCCACACAGGCAGAGAAAGGUUUGCAAGUCUGCCUUUCUGACUCCCCUGUUCUGUCCUCUCCACCCCCACCUGUCCACUUAAAGUGGGAAGACGUCAGUGAAGUCUCAGAGCAGCGGCGUGGACGCGCCCCUCACCAAGGCAGGCAGCCAGGGCUGUGCUGAGCUGCUGCGUGCCAGGUGUGUGGCUCUCUCAGGCGUGCUUAUGCCUCCCUCUACUUUGCCACCAGAGAAGAGUUUGGGAACCAAAGUGAGGCUUCAGUGGUGUUUGUAUCAGGAGGAGCCAGGAAACAGGGCAGGUAGCCUGAAAGCCUUCAUUUUUGACAGGUUCCCUGUGUUUCCAUUUCAGUCUUCACUUGGCUCCCAGAAGAAAUCUGAGGGUGGGAGUGCCCCUCCAUGUGGGCUUCCAUGGUGGCCGGGCAGUGGGCACACGUCACGCGAAAGGGUGGGAGUGCCCCUCAGCGUGCGCAGUAGGCACACGUCCCCCAUGAGAGUGGGAGUGCCCCUCAGUGUGGGCUCCAGUGGUGGCCAGACAGUGGGCACACGUCCCCUGUGAGGGUGGGAGUGCCCCUCUGUGUGGGCUUCCAUGGUGGCCGGGCAGUGGGCACACGUCCCCUGUGAGGGUGGGAGUGCCCCUCCAUGUGGGCCUCAGUGACCAGGCAGUGGGCACACACCCCCCGUAAGGGUGGGAGCGCCCCUCUGUGUGGACCUCAGUGGUGACCAGGCAGUGGGCACACGUCCCCCACACAAGGCAACGCCUCUCCUCUUUGCAAACCAGCUCCACACUUAACUAUUUUUGUUUUUUUAAGAGUACUCAGAAAAGUUUUGUUUCACUAAUGAAGAAAAAUUUAUCCUGGAUUGAGUGCUCCUCUGUGCUCCCAAGGCAGUGCCCAGGCAGCUUGACCGUAUUCCAGAGCAAAGCUCAAAAAUACCUAAAGGGCAUAAAUGCGUGCAGCACCCGGCGAAGUGCAGCUCCCAGCGUGCGGGGCUGAGUCCCAGGAAAGCGCUGGUGGGGACGUGCUCCUUCAGAAUAUUUUACUUGGCUUUCUGGUACACUGCAUCCACAUGUAGGCUUCCGAAUGGUCCAGGAAAGACGUUAGCUCUGCACCCACUCAGACGCACACUGGACUCGGAGUGGACUCUGCGACCCCUGCUCCCUCGCUGUCAUUCUGUUCAUCUUCUCUUCAGUGGAGGGAACUGUUGAGACACCCUCGUUCCCUGCCCUCGUUCCCCUAGCUUUCCGAGUCGGGUCCUGAGCUCUCCAGUGGGUAAAAUUGUUUGCCCAAGUCCGCAGAAGUCCCUCUGCACAGGAAUCCUUGGCAGAGGUGCUAGGGAGACGCCUGCUGGUGGCGUCCCAGCACUGGCCUUGGAGGGCAGCCGCGCGGGUGGCACGUGCUUCUCUGAGCGCAGCUGUAGGCAGGGAAGUGUCGGGGCGAUGGAAAGCCCAGAGGUGGAGAUUCACCCCUCCGCUGGCCAGGGCUCAGCACAGGAGGCUUAUGGGGUUCGGAGGCAGUGGGAAGGAAGCAGUUACCUUCUCUGUAUUUUUUGUAGAUGAGUUUCAUCUGCUCACCUUUCCUUUUUUUUUUUAAUUUGAAAGUGUUAAGGAGACAGACAUCUUCCACUUGCUGGUUCACUCCCCAAAUGGCCGCAGUGGCGGGAAGGGGCCAGGAGGAAGCCAGGAGCUUCUUCCAGGUCUCCUAAGUCGGUGCAGGGGCCCAAGCACUUCACCAUCCUCUGCUGCUUUCCCAGGCCAUUAGCAGGGAGUUGGAUCGGAAGUGGAGCAGACAGGACUUGAGCUGGUGCCCAUAUGGGAUGCUGGCACUGCAGGUGGCAGCUUUACCUGCUACGCCAUGGCGCCAGCCCCUCAAUUACUCAUCUUGAUGAAGAUAGUUUUAAAUUAUUGUAAAUGUCUUUCUUCUUUUUUAAAAUAACUAUUUCUUUUUUUUUUUAGAGCAGUUUAGGUUCACAGCAAAACUGGAAGAAAAGUACAGGGUUUCAUGGACGCCUUUUCCCUGAUCACUGCGUCCACUAGCAACAUCCGUCACCACAGUGCUGACCCUGCCCGUCAUCCUCAGAGCCGGGGGGUGGGGGGGUUACACCAGGUUCAUCCCUCACCACAGUGCUGACCCUGCCCGUCAGCCUCAGAGCUGGGGGGUGGGGGGGUUACACCAGGUUCAUCCCGCACCACAGUGCUGACCCUGCCUGUCAGCCUCAGAGCCGGGGGGUGGGGGUUACACCAGGUUCAUCCCGCACCACAGUGCUGACCCCUGCCCGUCAUCCUCAGAGCCGGGGGGUGGGGGUUACACCAGGUUCAUCCCGCACCACAGUGCUGACCCUGCCCGUCAUCCUCAGAGCCGGGGGGUGGGGGUUACACCAGGUUCAUCCCGCACCACAGUGCUGACCCUGCCCGUCAUCCUCAGAGCCGGGGGGUGGGGGUUACACCAGGUUCAUCCCGCGCCACAGUGCUGACCCUGCCCGUCAUCCUCAGAGCCGGGGGGUGGGGGUUACACCAGGUUCAUCCCGCGCCACAGUGCUGACCCUGCCCGUCAUCCUCAGAGCCGGGGGGUGGGGGUUACACCAGGUUCAUCCC